AUGUCUUCGUCGUCGUCUGUACUUCCUGGCCAUUCUAGUUCAAAACUUAGUGGGAUAAGACGAAAAGUUCAGAGGCCAAAUGCACAAAUUGAAAGCGGAAGUAUUGCCGAGUCACUAAAUCAACCCCAAACUUCAACACAUCUUCGUUGUGAGAUGGAACGACAAACACCUCCAAACGCCACACCAAGUGGUAUGUUAGAUACAUCUCCACCCCAAACUUCACAAUCAUGGGGUAGCGAAGGAUUACAACAAGUUGGAAUACUAAGUAGGGAAGCACAAUUUGGGAAAUUCUCACUGGAGAAUAUUCUUUCUGUGCCGGAUGUUCUGAGACCUCACCCUUCACCGAGAUCACCAACCCCAAGUGCAGAUAGCUUCAAUGAUCCGAUCACAUGUAACAUGCUUAGUUUUCCUGUUGCACUUGGUCUAUUCGAUAGUUUUAUGCGCUGUCUAAAUCCAUACAUCUGUCAAUUAGACCCUAAACUCCAUACAUUUGAUUACGUUCGCCAACGUUCAUCAUUCCUCCUCACUGCAAUUCUUUCAGCCUCUUCUAAAGCGUUUCACCCCGCGCUUCAUCCCACACUCAGGUCGCAUACCGAAAAUCUACUCGGAAGGGUAUUUACCCGGGGAGCUAAGUCCACAGAGAUUGUUCAAGCAAUAUUAAUCUUUACUUAUUGGAAAGAACCAGCUGAGAUACGCACUUGGCUACUCGUUGGCUAUGCUAUUCGCAUGUGUAUUGAGCUCGGGUGGCACGAACUGAAACCGGUGACACAAAAGCUGCGGACCUCGACCGAUGAAUUAAGCAUCAGGGAAGCUAGAAAUAUUGAAAGAACAUGGCUGGUAUUAUUUGUUUAUGACAGAAGCUUAAGCUUACAACUCGACAAACCCUGGAUGAUAGACCAAAACAACCUGAUAUCAAAAGCAAGCGAAUGGUACCAAGAAGAAUACGCUGUACCUGGUGAGGAUCUGCUUCUCUCGGCGUUUGUCUGUCUACGGUUAAUCAGUGCCGAGUUUCUCGAGCUUUCGUCAUCGACUAAAUUAGAUUCUCAAAAGUUCCGGUCAGAAAUUUUGUCUAAACUCUUAAACACCGAACUCAACACCUGGGAAAAGGAUUGGUUGCCCAAAUUUGAAGAUGAAAUGGUUGCACCUCCUCAGCAAUUCCUUGUCAACUUCUAUGGCUUACAUCUCCGCCUCCUUCUCAACUCCUAUACUUUGCAACAAUCCCUCAAAGCUGCAAAGAAAGGAUCUGCAGUGUCGAAAUCAGCACUAUGGCAGUGUUCUUCAAGUGCAAUCGGCAUGUUGGAGAAUAUAUCGAAAGUCAUUGGGCCUCUCAAACAGCUCUAUUUUGUACAGGACUCUGUUCAUGUGAUGACAGCUUAUGCUGCCAUAUUCCUCAUUAAGUUGCUGCUAUCUCUUCCCAAGAAUUUACGCUCAGAUCUCGAGACUCAAUCGCUACAGGCAAUUCUCCUCUCAUCCGAUACCUUCUCAGAACAAUGUGCUACACAAAUGACGGGCUGUGCAAUGCAAGCACGAUUCUUGAAAAAUCUCGUUGGGAAAUACCAUAGAUUGAAAUCCCAUGCUAGCAAUCAAGUCCGAGAUCACGGUGUUCAUUCGCAUCAACCCGACAUUCCAACGUCACUAGAGAGUCUCCAUAAUCGAAUGAACACCGAUGUGGGUACAAGCUGCCAUGUCCCCAAACCCGUUCAAUCCCAUCAGGACGCUGGGGAAUUGACAGACACAACUUCAAUAAAUGGGAGCACGCCGGAUUUCAGCACGGAUUUACUGCAUGAUAAGGAAAUCUGGGAUGGUUUGUUGACCGAUGCUGGCUUUUGGAUGAGCGAGGGGAAUCUUUUGUCCGAUAACAGUCUUCCUCGUUAA